AUGAAAGCUUCAAGUGCAGCUGUUUUCUUUGCCUUUCUUCAAAUCAUUAAUCUUUUUAAUGAUGUUUAUGGUCAAUGUGCGUGGCAAGAUAAUGCUUUCCCGAUAAUUCCAUAUAGUUACAUGUUUAAUGCUGAUAAUCUGACUUUAUAUACAUAUGGAUUAGCAUACGGAUAUUAUGACAUUGGAUGUGAAAGAGGCUACGCUCCUGAUCCUACCUUCGGUACUCGUAUCACAUGUUUAAGUUCAGGAUCUUGGUCAAUGCCACUACCUAUUUGCAAGUCCACGGGUAGAUGUUCUGUAUCUCAGCUGACUGAUUUUAUGGGUGGUAGUAAUGGAAUAAUUGAAAUCAUUUUAAACAGCAGUUAUCUUUAUACAGAUGGAGUUGAUGAGAGACCAGUAGCAACACCCGUUCCUUCUCAAGGACGAUGUCCCGUCAACGAUGAUAUAUGGACAUUUCCUAAUGGAUAUAUUUCCAGUGAUACUCUUCCUGUUGUCUACAGUGAUAAUACUACUCCAAGUAAUAUCACUGUUUUGUGUACACGUGGUUAUCAGAUCGAUUCACUUAGUCAAGGUGCUUAUACAUGCCACAAUGGAGUCUGGUCUGCACGACCAUAUUGCGAAAAAACGGCACGAUGUUCUCUUGCACGCCUGAAAGACUAUAUCUCAAAUCCUUCUCUUGUAAGUAAUCUUAAUGUAAAAGCUCAACAACUGGCCACAGAUAUGAGUGGAACAGAUGAUGAAAUGUUACCGGAUUCUUACAUUGCGUUUGACUGCAUCGAUCCAUCUGUUCAUACUGAUGGAGAUCUGAAUGUUACUUGCAACGACGAUGGAUCUUGGAGUCCUUUUCCUAGCUGUACUUCUAUCAACGCAAUUCAAUCAACAAGUACUACAACAUCGCCAUAA